GCUCCCUGAUGCCUUUCUUUUCUGCUUUCAAUUCCUCUAAAAGAAAAGUCGUAGGCUAGAACAACCUAAAGAUGAGCUCAGUGGGAAAGGAACCUGAUAAUUUUACACAUCAUAACCCACUAAGCUCCCCUCCUUUCUUUCCUCCUGCAGCACAACAGUCCCCUUAUACCACCACGCUAAGCUUCCUCCUCUUAUAAAGCCAACCCUCCCCUCUCUCCUCUCCUCAAAUUCUCAUCUCUAACAUGUCGAAAGACUCGAUGUUAUACCGCUAUGGCCCCUCCAACGCCCUCGGCCGCCUCAUCUGUUGCGCAUUCUUCACGAUCCUAAUUCUCUCCGGAGUUGUGGCCCUCAUCCUCUACCUAGUCUAUCGUCCAUCCAAACCCCACUUCUCUAUCCUCAGCGCCUCAGUAUUCCAACUUUCAAAUGCCAGCAAUGGUCCCCAGCCACUGCAGUCUCGACGAGCAUCGCAUAUCAACAUCUCCAUCCGAAACACUAACGACCGAGCAUCAAUCCGCUAUCGCCUCUCAGCCUACGUGACUUAGGGCCAGGCCAUCACGCCGCCUGUGCAGCUUCCGCCGCUGUUUCAGGAGGAGGACAGCUCUGUGGCGGUGUCGCCAGUGAUCGGAGGCGAGGUGGUACCGGUGUCUGCUGAUGUGGCGGCCGGGCUGAUGACUGAUGAAAAUUAUGGGGUUGUGGCGAUGAGGCUUGUGUUGCUUGGGAGGUUGAAGUAUAAGCCUGGGCCUUUUAAGAGUCAGUGGUAUGCGAUGUAUGUGAGGUGUGAUAUGUUGCUUGGGAUUAAAAAGGGAGUGGCCGGUCAAGUUCCUUUGCUUGGUGGAACUCCUGGUUGUGAUGCCAAAAUCUGAGGGUUUGAGAUGAUCUUCUUGCUGUUGUAGCUGCAACCUGUAUCUGGAAUUGUAAAUAGAGGAAGUUCGGAGAAAUUUGUUGCAACUGUGUAUCCCAUCAAUGUGAAGAUGAAUAAUUGGAAGUUUUUUUUUGGGCCCU